AUGUCUCUGUCCGCUUUACAAGAAUUGGCUCCUUCCUUCGACCUCGCUGGUGUUUCUACUGCUGCUGCUGUGACCGGAGCGGCAACGACUUUGUAUCUCAAUCGCCAUGAAUAUCGUGGAGACACCGCGGUCGCUGUUUGUGCCCUGACUUGGGCGUCGCUGUUCGGCACAGGCGUUUACAAGCAACUAGGGAUAAGCCAAUCCUUAGGUAUAGCGGCUAGUGGAGUCGCAUCGUUCUUGGGGACAAUGAUCGUACUCGCUGUUGCUUACCGCCUUUCACCUCUGCACCCCCUCUGGCGCUUCCCCGGCCCCUUCCUCAAUAAGAUUACCUCAUUCAAAGCCAUGCAUAUGGUGUCGACCGGCCACCGUUACCUGAUAAUCAAGGACCUGCACAAGAAGUACGGAAAAUUCGUGCGAACCGGUCCCAACACGCUUUCCAUUGCUUCUGUCGAAGCUGUCCACCCGAUCUACACCACCGCACAGAGUAUGGACAAGAGUAUGGCGUACCGUCCUGGACGUGCCCCCGUUGGAGGAUUGUUCUUCACCCCCGAAAGGGAUUUGCACAACAUUCGUAGGAAGGCGUGGGCUGGUGCUUUCAGCUCCAAGUCGCUGCCUAAGCUUCUCGCUGUCGUUGAUAAGCGGACGAAGCAGAUGAUUAAGGUCAUGGACAAGCGACGCAGUCCUGAUGGUGUCAUUGACAUGUCUGAGAUAAUCCGUCACUGGGCAUAUGACUUGAUGGCUGAGAUGACUUUUGGUGCAACCAGCGAUGUUGAACUCAUGGCUAACGGUGACCCGGAGGACGUCUCUGAGAACGCGCAGAACGCCACAGUUGUCUUCGAAGUUCUCGGUGAAGCACCUUCCAUCUUCGACAUUGCAUGGAACUUGCCAGCUUCUGAUGAAUUCCACGUUUUGGAAAGGACAGCCACGAAGCUCAUGGACGUCCGUAAGCACAUCACCGGUGACGAUAUUGCCUCGUACUUGCUUGGUGAGAAGGGUGGCGAGUGUCUCGGUGAUGAGGACCUCAAUAUCGACUCUGCCUUUGCUAUUGCUGCCGGAUCCGACACCACCGGUGGAACACUAACGAUCCUUCUCUUCUACCUCCUUCCCGUCGACGAGAUUGACGACCCUAAAGCACUCCUUGAUCUACCCUACCUCUACGGUGUCGGAGGGUCGAUGAUUGACGGUGAAUUCAUCCCCGAGGAUAUCAUAGUGUCGGUUCCCCCAUACACCCAACAGACCGACCCGGAGAACUUCUACCCCAUGCCGAUGGAAUUCUUGCCUGAGAGAUGGCAGCCGGAGGGUCUCGGGCCGGAGACCAUCACGAAGAAGAACGCGAUGCUGUGUUUCUCUUACGGUGCAUUCAGUUGCCUGGGCAAGGUCUUUGCCAACCAGGAACUCCACCUCACUGUGGCCAAGCUGAUGCUUGCCUAUGAUAUGGACCUUCCGAAGUCGUUCGAUCAGCAGAAGUUCAUAGAUGGCAUUCUUAACAUGCGCACGACACUCUUUGACUAUCCUCUGGCUAUCACGGCUACUCCCCGAAACUUGUAA